ACGACUUGUACGUCUUUUUGAACCAUACACCCACCUGGAGCUCAACGGCUGAACUUUUCAUGGAUGUCGAUGAAGACUCUCCGACCUCCGGUACAUUUUCAGGCGACGUGCUGAGCUACUUCGAUCUUACUCCCACUUCAUUUCCGUGGCGUGAACCUAUUUUCGAGGAAAUCGAGCACAGAAGAGCGUGGUUGGGUGAUACGCUUCUGUUUGAUAUCCUCUUGUCGCUUGGUGGAGUCAAAGACGCCGAUACACUUUAUCCACCUGCAAAUCCGGAUGGUUUACAACGACUUCUUACCGCUAUCGCUGAAAGUCCUGAUUAUGAUGGACUGAAGAGGGACGGAUUGGUUUACUACUUGCUGAAGUGGCACCGCGACGGUAGAGAGUCGAAGUUUCAGAGAGAUAGAUCAAUACCACCUCAGUUCGUGGCAUUGGCGGACGCGUAUUGGUGCUUGGAUUCUGGUGUAGACAUUCCACGUGCAGUAUCGCAACUUUCGGACCCCCGUCUGAACAGAGACUAUGCUUCAAAGAUUCUUCAAAUCAUCUCUCAGUCCAAGGAUCCACAACCGCUCGUAGUGAAAUACGUCAGAACGGCUAAACCUCGCCUCGAGGAACCCGAUGAUAUCGACACCUACACCCUUGCACUUGCGCACUUGAAUCUUUUCGAAGCCUGGCAAUUUCAACGAACGUUCAGCGAGACGGAUCCUAUACGCGAAAGGCUGCUAAAAAAACUGAUACAGUGGUGUGUUUCCCCGACUCCCAAACCUUCGGCUCUAACGUACCUACUCACCCUCCCGUGGAGUGCAUACGAGGAAAAUAUCCUUCACAAUUAUGCAUCAUCUCCUUCGAAAGAUGAUGGUCUUCCUGCCAUGUCCAUUGCCGUCCUUCAAAAUCUCGCCUGUGUUCGACUCAUUCAAAUCGGGAAGCAUGCAGAGGCAGUUAAGAUGCAUCGUAGUUUCAUCGCGUCCUCAACCUCUUCGAAAGGAAAGGACACAGCUGUAUCCACCCAAACUCUGUUUCAGGAGAGAGACGAGAUAAUUCAAGAGGUUUAUCAUGCUCUUCCUGCUGUCGAGAGGAAUCUGUUAGACUCCGAGUUGGAAUCUGGCGGACUGGGUACCAUACAUCAGUCAGUACCAAUUUACAAGUCGAGGCCGUCUAGCUCCGGCGAUCUCAGCAGAAGCCGAAAAGAGUCCGAUACAGUGCAGGAUGCUGGUGGCGAUAUCAGUAUGUCAUGGGAAGAUAUCCCUCGUCCACCUGUGUCAUCCUCCCUCAAUGGCAUCCCAAAGCCCUCGCCGUCGCGACCAGGAUCUGGUUCGCAUACUCCCCUGAACUUUUCUCUAUCAAAUGCACCAAAGUUUGGAGGUUCCAUAUUUCCCCUGAGCAACGGAAGCACGUCCACGUCUGCAACUUUGGGUUCCUCAACACAAAAGAUUGACAGACUUCCCCCACCUGCCCUUUCAGCAACAGCUCUCAAUCUAUUUGGAGCUAGCACGGGUAAUUCAGCGAAAAGAAAAAGCGGAGGUUUUCCCAUGCUUUCGACCGGUACAGCUGGUAUGGGUUUUGCGAACUCUCUAUCGCUUAGCGCCAGUUCGAGUACUCGGCCCCCGAUUAUUCCUACAGCUGCUUCUGCAAAUACAAAUAUCAAUGGAGGUGAUACCCUUGGUUUCGGAAUUGGGAUGUCAGCGUCGACAUCGUCCAAUCCUUUCAAUUCUUCUGCUAGAAAGGAAAAUGCGUUCUUCCGUCCUCAGGUGCAACAAAACGGUAAAGGGACGGGUUCUGGAUCCAGGUCCAGGGGAAGGAUGAGCGAUGGUAGCCCAAGUAUCAGUCCCGAGAGACCUGCCGUGGUCGAAAGCGAAGAGGACGACGGUGCUGGAAGGGUUGAUGAAAGUAUGGAAGUGGACGAUUGGAAACGGAGGGAUAGUGAGGGUGAAGCUGGGCUGAAUUAUUCUGUCUUUGGCGGAAAGCCAAAGGAAGUUAAGAACGGGUCAAACGUAAUAUCUCGCGAUUGGAACCAACCAACACAGAACCAGAAGACGACGAGGAAGGGUAGGAGUGGUGAUGGACAUGGAAAUACUUCGAUUUCUGAUUUGAGUGCUAGUUCGUCUAGCAGAUUACCUGGGGCGUUCAUGGAGGAAGAGGAGGAAGAGGAGGAAGAUGGACAUGAUGUUGAGGAAGCGCGAGAAACCCGUCGUAAUCGAUCGAGCAGAGCUCAUAAUAACUCUGCCCAACAAACCCAACCACCAAGACAGACGCGCGUGUCGCGGAAAAACACUACGUCUGCUUCAGCACGAGGCGGUACCGCCAGCAGUAAACGAAAAUCGUCGUCUCGGCAGAGUAUAUCUGCCGGGAUGAAACGUAGUGUUCCAGGCGCCAUGUAUGACGAUGAGGACGAUGAUGAUGGUGCCAGUAGUGUGCAGUCCGAUGCUGUACUCGAGGAAGAUGACAUGGUAGCUCCCCUUCCGACACGACGUGCUCCACGCAAAACGCGUACUUCGACGUUGGUCGAUGAAGAUGGUGCUGGUGCUACAAAAACGAGGAGAAGGUCGUCUAGAUUGUCUACUACCUCGAACGAUGCUGCGUCGUCGUCUAGGAAGAGUACUGGGACGAGAACAAAUAAAACGGAAACUGGUGGGAAGGGGAGAAGGAAGCGAUAACAGCUUUUUUCUCUUUACUUGAUGUAAUUCGCUUACCUUUCGUGCAAAGUCGAUAUAUGUUGUCUUGGUGUUAAUGCCCUUUACACACGUACUUAUUACAACUGGUUCUUUCUCCACAAUAUAUAAUCGAUUGGAUACACAGC